AUGGAUUCCAACUUGAAAAACAAAUCAACCGCAAAGAAGAAAGCAAACGACAAUAACACCAUCAAGAAGAAAUCAUCUCGAGCAUGUGCACCUUGCCGGAAAAGAAAGGUGAAAUGCAAUGGGCAAUUACCAUGCGAUCGGUGUUCUCGAACGAAUUCAACAUGUGUAUACGACAAACCACAGCAAAAGAAGGAUACACCAAAGCCUGCAAUAGAAAAUCACGAACCAAGAUUAAGGGCCCUGGAAAAAUUUCUAAGGCAAAUAUCAAAUCUACUUGAAGUCUCGGAUCCUGAUCCCCCUCUUUAUUCCAAUCCUAAUCAAAUCAGUAUACCGCCAUCGGAGCCACAUACAUUAUCCAUCCAUACAUCAGGUCGAGGGUGCUAUGUGCCUGAUAAUCCACUUCGAACUGAUUCCGCCAUCAAACAAUCGAUCCCAGCACACUUGCCUGCCGAUUCAUCCUAUCCUCAGCAACAGCAGCAGUCCACAACAACUACAGUCAAAGAGAAUCUACUAUCCAUCUAUUUCCAGUUUGUAGAUCCACUCAUACCCAUCUUACACAGGCCGUCAUUUCUGCAGCAGCUUCGAAACAAAACCAUCAGCAAUCUGUUGUUGAAUGCGAUUUAUUGCGUGUCGUCGAGAUGGGAUUUAGCAAUGCCUUCAGUGGGGGAGGAGCCUCGAGGAUGGGUUUAUUAUCAGAAGGCGAUAUAUUUGCUGGAUCAACAGGGCGAGCCCAAAUUAUCCACCAUUCAGGCUAUAUUUUUAAUGCUGAAAUACAACGAGCAUGUGCGUCGACCUGGAUUUGCAUGGAGAACUCGGUACUACUUCCAAAUGAUUGUUCGGAUGGCAAAGGAUUUGGGGUUGUCUCGCAAUAUCACAGUGGCAGCAGAGGAACUCGUACCCAUGGAGAGGAGAAAAAGGACGUUUUGGGCUGUCUAUUGCUACGAUGUCAUGAUGAGUGUGGAGAAUGGCACUAUGCCUCAUUUCAGCAAUACCGAUUGUUCAGUUGAUAUUCCACACGUGUUGCAAGACGAAGCCCAAGAAGGCGACAAAAUCAUCCACUUCAUACUACUCACCAAGAUUAUGCGCAACCAGUCUGAUAUCGUACAAUUCCUACAUACAAAAUACCACCAAAAAAUGGCAUUUGACUGGGAUCAGGACAAGCAAUUCAACAAGGUAUCAAAUGAUCUAGGCACGACGAUCUCGCUCAUCACAUCCACAACCAAAUUUCCUCAAAAAGAAACCAUGUGCUACACCAUUUGCUUUCUAUAUUUAGCGUCUUGCUUUGCCACUAUCCUACUGUAUCGACACUCAAACGGCCACAAGAAGCAGUGUUUGGAGGCAGCACUGAAUAUCAAGCUGAUUACAGAGCUGGUGCUAGAGUGCGAUGCGUUUGAGGACAUGUAUUGCUCCAUGCGAGGUAUACAGCAGAUUGUACAUUUCCUGUCAGCGGCAAUCACCGUCUUUAGAGAUCAAGAAGCGACAAUACCGUACAAGAGCACUCUGCAACUAGCACAGAAGUUGGCAUCCAUUUCACCAGCAACCGAAGUUAUUGGCCAUAAUAAUAAUAAUAAAUUAAAGCGUAAAAGUCUUCAUCUACCCAAUGAAACCAUCGUGCAAGAUCUUUGCAUCCCACUGCAGCAGCAACAGCAACAGCAGCAACCACCGCCACACUAUUCACCCAAUGCUAAUAUAUCACUACAAUACCAGCCGUAUCAACAGCCUUAUGUCAAUCAGCAAUACCAGCCUAUGCAACCACCCGUUAUGAAUAUACCUAAUCAACAACAACAGCAGCAGCAGCAGCAGCAAUCCUUACUAGGCUUACUGUAUAAUGAAGAUGAUUUAUAA